GCUUAGGGCCCGGGAGGCGCUGUUUGGACUGAGGGGCGUGGCUUUGAGUCCCUGCAGCGGGGAGCUGGACUCAUCGAGGGCGGGGCCUAGAGGAGAGGGGUGGCGCUCAAUUAGGAUCGCGGGUUAGGGCUGACAGCGACUCUGCCGUCGCGGCCGGGCGGGGCCUAGCGGGAAGGGGCGGAGCUUAGGGCCCGUCCUGCGGGGACGCGGUCAUCAGAGCCGGUGGGCCGGCCGGAGGCCAGAGGGGCGGACAGCGGGGACGGCGGGGCGGCGCCGUGUCCGCCGCCAUGACAGAUCAGACUUACUGUGACCGCCUGGUGCAGGACACACCGUUCCUGACAGGCCAGGGGCGCCUGAGUGAGCAGCAGGUGGACAGAAUCGUCCUUCAGCUGAACCGCUACUACCCACAGGUGCUCACCAACAAGGAGGCCGAAAAGUUCCGGAACCCCAAGGCAUCGCUGCGCUUGCGGCUCUGUGACCUCCUGAGCCACCUGCAGCGGAGCGGUGAGCGGCAUUGCCAGGAGUUCUACCGAGCCCUGUACAUCCACGCCCAGCCCCUGCACGGCCACCUGCCCAGCCGCCACACCCUGCAGAACUCAGAUUGUACAGAGCUUGACUGGGGCAGCGAGAACCACGGGCUGAGUGACAGGGGACCCAUGAGCUUCCUGGCUGGCCUCGGCCUGGCCGCCGGCCUUGCCCUACUGCUGUACUGCUGCCCUCCAGACCCCAAGGUGCUGCCAGGGACCCGGCGCAUCCUCGGCUUCUCACCAGUCAUCAUCGACAGGCAUGUCAGCCGCUACCUCCUGGCCUUCCUAGCAGACAACCUCGGCGGGCUAUGAUGGACCCAGACGGCAGGCCUCGCCCACUGUCCAACCAAAGAAUAGCCCCACUGCCUGCCAAGGGGCUGGCAUUUCUUUUCCUAAAUGUUUCCUUUUCAUUAUUUAUAAUUUCUCUGCAAAGCACAUCACCUUCACCCUACAAGGUGCUUGAUGACAGUAAACGCUGAGUCCUCUCCA